AUGCCGCCAAAGUCCACACGCGCGCGCGCUGCGCCCAAGGUUGAGCCUGUCGUCAAUGGGACAUCCACAAAACCCAACACGUCCAAGAAGCGCAAGGCAAUCGAGGAGGAGCCAAAGGCGCCGAAAGUGCUGACCAAGAGGCGAAGGAGCUCCGACGCCGACGGCCAGGUUGAGUUGAAGCGUCCAAAGACCACCAAGGCUAAGGCAGAACCUGCUGCGGUCGCGUCCUUCACCUCGUCCUUCUCGGCGGAACCUGUCGACACCCUCAAGAGCUUUACCUCCGCUCCACCCGACACCUCAGACCUCCCCGUCAUCAACAAUGCGCCGACUGAAAUCCUGACCGUCUUCGCGUUCGGUACCGGAGACAUGAGUGGCGAGCUCGGCCUGGGCCCCAAGAAGAAGGAAGCCAAGCGCGCCACCGUCAUCCCGAAGCUCGAUGGGAGGGAGAAGGACGCGUAUCGCGUCGUCCAGGUCGACUGCGGUGGCAUGCACACAUUAGCCCUGACCGAGGACAACAAGAUCGUCUCGUGGGGCUGCAAUGACAAGGGCGCCCUCGGCAGGGACACCAACUGGGAUGGAGGCCUGCGCGACAUGGAUGCCGAAAAGGCUGGUUCCGACAGCGACUCGGACGACGAAGACGUCAACCCCCUCGAGUCCACUCCUACGCACAUCCCUGAGAACUCCUUCCCAAAGGGUACCAAGUUCACCUCUGUCGCGGCCGGUGACAGCUCUAGUUUCGCUGUGACCAACACUGGGCUCGUGUACGGCUGGGGGACCUUCUUGGACAGCGAGGCCCACGAGACCUUUCUCUACUACAAGGGAGAGACCAUAAAGGUGCAACAAAAACCGAUCCUGAUUCCAGGCCUGCAGAACAUCACGAAAGUCGUUUGCGGUUCUAAUCACGCUCUCGCACUCGACGUCAAGGGCAACGUCUGGUCCUGGGGCGUGAACGAGCAAAAGCAGGUCGGCCGUCGCACUCACGUUCAGAACAAACAUCUCGACAACUACUACCCCGGAAAGCUCGACUUGAGUCGGCACCCAAUCAAGCUUAUCGCCAGCGGGCCGUACCACUCCUUCGCGGUCGACAAGCUGGACAGGCUCUUCGCCUGGGGCCUCAACAGCUACGGUCAGGCAGGUUACGCCAAAGAUGCCGGAAGCGACAACGCCAUUCUGCCAUACCCCCUGCAGAUCCGAUCAGUGUCCAAGCAAGGCGUGCUGCACAUGGAUGGCGGCGAGCAGCACUCCACUGCUGUUACCGCGGACGGGCGUUGCCUGGUCUGGGGCCGAAUCGACGGCGGACACCUCGGAGUCAAACUAACAGAGGCCCAACUCCAAAACCCAAAGCUGGUUCGGCGAGACGAGCACGAUCGACCCCGUAUCCUCCUUACCCCCGUGGCGGUGCCUGAUAUUGGAGAGGCGGCCUACGUAGCCUGCUCUCGAGGUCACACCGUCUUCGUCAACAAGGAGGGCAAGGCCUACGCGUCCGGCUUCAACGGCCAGCUGCAGCUUGGCAACGGCAACGACGACGACACGGAGGUGGCGGAGGAAGUCAAGGCCAAGGCGCUCAAGGGCGCCAGGCUGACAUGGUGCGGGACGGGUGGACAAUUCAGCGUUGUUGCGGGCCCAUCGGCAGACAUUAAGGCUGUAGAAUAA